AUGGUGACUCACUCCCAUGGAUUUCAACUAGAGAUCCGGAACGAACUCUCGGGUCGGUACAGAAGGCUUGUGUACAAAUGCUGGUCCCGAGACAACACGAUUUCGGGUGGAGAGAUAACUGGCCAGAGCAAUACAAGGACUGAUCUUUCGCCAUGUCACUCUUCCACACUUUCUUCCAUUGCAACUUCCACACAGGGAGUGGACAAGCAGCUAGUGGCGGCAUUGGGAAAAGAAAGAACAGUGUGGGGACAAGGAGAAAUGCACUUGGGUCGUUAA